AUGCAGCAACAUCAGCAACAGCAUCAAAAGAAGCAGAUGCAGCAGCAGAAGCAUCAAAAGAAGCAGAUGCAGAAGCAGCAGCAUCAAAAGAAGCAGAUGCAGCAGCAACAGCAGCAACAGCAUCAAAAGAAGCAGAUGCAGCAGCAGAAGCAGCAGUUUAUAGGGAUCAAGAGGAAAGCAUCAGAGGGAGAAAAUGGACCUUGUAAAAGACAGAGGCAAGAGGACAGCCCAUCAUCCCCAACAACAAACAGUACCACCACAAAGGAGGAAACAGGCAGACUGGAGUUUGAGGCUAAAUACAAAGAACUGAGCCCACUGGGUGAAGGAGGGUUUGGUGUUUAUUCUGGUCUGAGAAGAGCAGACAAUCUGCCAGUGGCAAUCAAACAUAUCCCCAAGGACAAGGUAACCUACGAAGGAGUUGGUGUAAAAGGCCCUUGCAAAGUGGCUGUUAUGAUGCGGAUCACAAAACUAGCAAUAGGGAAGUCUGCAUCCAUUUCACUCCUGGACUUUUAUGAUCUGGACCAGGAGCUAAUUUUUGUCGUGGAGCGUCCAGACCCAUCAGUUGACCUCUUAAGCUACAUGAAGGACAGAGGAGGUAGGCUGCAGGAGAAGGAGGUGAAAGAUAUCAUGAGGCAGCUGGUCAAAGCAGCCCAAGAGCUUCUUCGGAUGAAAAUCUUCCAUCGGGACAUCAAGCUGGAAAAUAUUCUCUUGGAAACAGGAACUGAAGUCCCCCGAGUAAGGGUGAUUGACUUUGGUCAGUCACAUUAUGAAAUGUUUUAUGGAACCCCACAUCACAUCCCACCUGAAUGGUACCACACCUGCAUAUACAGAGCUGGGUCUACCACAGUGUGGCAGCUGGGCGUGGCCCUUUUUGAGAUGCUGCAUGGGGGCACAUUUGAAACACUCUACUUCAUCAACAACCUAAUGAAAAUCAAGAAGUUGUCCAAAGGUUGCAAGGACAUUCUGAAUCUUUAUUUAAAUGAAAACCCUCAACAGCGCCCCUCUCUGGAGCAGCUUCUUCUACAUCCAUGGCUGCAACAAUAAUCAAGGCCCUCACCCUCUUGACCCCCAAUUUCAUAUCACUAAAACUGUGUGUGCAUUUGUACAUGUGUGGGUUUACUCCAGGUUCUCCAGUUCCCCCCCUCAGUCAAAGACCAAUAAGGAAAGUUUAAGCAGCAGUAGUAUUUGUGGAUGCUUUUUAUUAUUAUUAUUAAGUACCCAGUAGCAUUAUAUUACUCUUGAAUGUUUUAUUGUGUUGCAUUGCUGGGACUAUUGAUCCCUGUGUUAAAUAUUUAAUUAAAACAGAACU